AUGAGUACUAAUCAAAGGUUUUCGUUACCUUAUUCAAAGGGUAAGUUGGACGAUUUAAAUGAUGUUGAAUCUCAUUCCGAAGAAUAUAAUAACACAUAUAAACCAAUUAAACAUCAAUCCAUUAUUUCACGAAUCAGAUCAUACAUAAAUCAAAUCAUAUCCCGAACUACCAACUUUGCAUUAACUUAUAAGAAAAUAAGUUUAUUAUUGGUAACCUUGAUUUGUUUAUCAUUAUUUACAUCAACUCCUUUCAUACCACAUUUUGCUCCUACUAGUCCAAAAGUGGUUAUAAUAUUGGCUGCUAAUGAAGGUGGUGGCGUAUUAAAAUGGAAAUCUCCUCAAGAAUGGUCAGUGGAAAGAUCAAGUAUUGCCAAUAAGAAACAAUAUGCCAAACUUCAUGGUUAUGGAAUUACUAUAAAAGAUAUGACUAUUAAGAAGAGAUACUCCCAUGAAUGGAGGGAAUCUUGGGUUAAAGUUGAUAUUAUGAAACAAGCCAUGAGAGAAUUCCCCGAUUCAGAAUGGUUUUGGUGGUUGGAUUUACAUACCUAUAUUAUGGAACCUCAAAUUUCGUUAGAACAACAUUUUUUAAAUAAUUUAGAAAAUGCUACUUAUAGAACAUUAGAUGGAUUCAAUCCAUUAAACUUGCCUACAACUAUUCCUUAUGUUGAUUAUUCUCAACCUAUUGAUAUGGUCAUCACUCAAGAUUGUGGUGGUUUCAAUUUAGGUUCAUUUUUAAUGAGAAGGUCAAGUUGGUCUGAAUUAUUGUUAGAUAUUUGGUGGGAUCCUGCCAUGUAUGAACAAAUGCAUAUGCAAUGGGAACAUAACGAACAGGAUGCUUUGGAAACCUUAUAUUCCACUAAUGCAUGGAUUAGAGAAAGAGUUGGUUUCUUACCACUUCGACUCAUAAAUGCUUUCCCUCCUGGUGCAUGUAAUGAUCAAGCUGAUGAUCCUCAAUAUUUCUUUAAAAAUCAUGAUUUUGUAAUUAAUAUGGCAGGUUGUGAAUGGGGUAGAGAUUGUUGGGGUGAAAUGGAACAUUAUAAAGCCUUAUCAAAGAACCUUCACAAGAGCUGGUGGCAUUUCUGGUAG